UAUGGUACGCGUAUAACCGGUGUCAUGGCUGCCUCCUGCAGGUUGAAGUCCAUGCUGGCUCUGGUGACAGGUGGCGGCAGCGGGAUAGGACGGGCUGUCUCUCAGAGACUCUCUCUAGAAGGAGCAUCAGUGGUGGUGGUUGAUUUAAAUAUUGACAAUGCGGAGAGUACACUACAGACUCUCUCACGUGGCUUCCCCGGACAGGAACAUGCAGCGUUUUCAGUUGAUGUCUCAAAAUCCAAGAGCGUCACAGCCUUAAUGGAACAGAUCCAGACCAAAUAUUCUCAGCCCCCUCGUGUUGCUGUCAGCAGUGCCGGAAUCACACGGGAUGAGUUUCUUCUUCACCUGUCAGAGGACUCCUUUGAUUCUGUGCUGAGCGUCAACCUCAAGGGUCCAUUCCUUAUCACACAAGCCGUGGCCCGAUCGCUUGUGGCCAGUGGACAACCUGGAGGUUCCAUCAUCAACAUUGGGAGUAUUGUUGGAAAGGUGGGCAAUCUCGGGCAGUCUAAUUACGCUGCAUCAAAAGCUGGCGUAGAGGGCCUGACAAAGACAGCAGCCAAAGAGCUAGCCAGGUAUGGGAUCCGGUGUAACUCUGUGCUGCCGGGAUUCAUUUCCACACCCAUGACGGAUAAAGUUCCCCAGAAGGUUCUAGACAAGUUCGCUGGGAUGGUCCCUUUGGGCAGACUUGGUAAACCUGAAGAUGUUGCCCACGUGUGUGCGUUCCUGGCGUCAGAUGACAGCAAGUAUAUCACAGGAGCCAGCAUUGAAGUGACUGGUGGGCUUUUCAUGUAACCCGUCCGGUUACCAUCAAGAAAAAUCUGCCUCAUUAA